GUGAAUUAAAAUCAAACCGAAUAUAUUUAAUCUAAUUUGCGGUUAAGUCCGGUUAUUUAAUCAGUCUCGGAAUAAUAACCGCACGCAUAAAUCUUCAACCCUUAAACCCAUUUUCCAGAAGAUUCCGAGGACGAUGGCAAUGGAAGAAUCCGAUUCCGGAGAAACUGCAACGGCGAAAUUUUCGAAUCUUACGUUGAAAGCUAGGGCUAUUCUUGCGACACCAAGCAACGAAGAAUUAGCGAUGAUCGUCGAACAACUCUAUAUGCCUGAAGAAUCCGACGAAUACAAAUCAGCUCGAGCUCUGUUCAAUUUCUGCGUCUCUGGUUUCCCAAAUUGCUUAACCCUAAAGCUGCUCAUGGUGUAUCGAUUUUCUUCCGACGAGGUUUUCCGAUUACGAUCGAUCUUUCUUAUUUCUGAAACUCUCAAAGCUCAGCGAUUCGAACUCUCUCUCGUUGCUCUUCAUGAAAUCAAACCACUUCUGAUUUCUUGCUUGACGAUGGAAAACGCUAAAAAGUCUGACUCAAAGAUUGUGAGAAUCAUCGUUUCUUUAGUAGCUGAUAAAGUUGGCGUCUGGGAAGAGAUGAGUGAUUGUAUACUCUCACUUGCUAUCAAUGAUCCGAUUAGGGCUUUUAAUGUCUUUAUCCAAUUGCCAUCGUCACUUUACGGAGAAUUCGUGUACCGAUUUUUGCAGAGUUUUCUUGAUGAAGUUUACAAGGUUUUGCUUCAUCCUGAAGAAGAUGGAGUUGAAGAUUGGAUCUUGGCUUUAAAAUCUGCUGUUAAAAUGGGGAUUUUGCUUAUGGAUUCGGAGAUGAGAUUUGAUUUGACAAGAGACAUUCUUCACAUUGUUUGGAAAUCUGCUCAUGACAUUGUGUGGCAUGGAAUUGAAGAAGAGUUUCUGCUAAAAGGACUUAAAUCUCUUGAGAUUUUCUUGGCGGAAGACGCGUACCAGUUUAAGUGGAAUAGUGAUCAAUGCAUGUUUGUGGCAGAGUUUGCGUUCAGGAUUUCAGAGAUCGGAACAGAGGCUAAGGAAGUUGCUUGGAAGAUCUAUCGAAUGGUUACAAAACUUGACAAGUAUGUGCACAAUCCAGCUUUCGAACUCAGCAGCCCUUCUGACGAUGAGGAUGAAUAUCUUGGAGUAGAUUCUCACUGGGAUUUGGAAGACAUUUUGGAUGCUUUAUCUCCAGUGGAAAUCAUGAGAGAGGUUUCAUUAAGUAAGCUUGAUAAUAGGUCGAGGGAGAUAGCAAUCAUGAGACUCCAUGAGUUAUUUUGUGAUCACACUGCUGGGAAAGAGGAAAUAAGUGUUUCAGAGAUUAGAGAAAUCCAGCCGUUGCUCAUCUCUUGCCUUGAAGAAGUAGGAGUUCCCGAGAGCACGAUCAAGAUUCUCGGUCAGGUGGUCUUCCAUGUUUUACAAGAGUUGUCUAGCUACCAAGAGGACAACUGGUUUGGUCUAUGGGACUACAUUGCAACAGAAUGCAAAACAGUGUUCAGGAAGACGGUUUUUAUCUUCCAGUGCUUAACAAUGCGGCUUGAUGAUAAAGAGUUUGUGAUUCAUGCCAUUAAUAAUCUUCUUCCAGAGAUUCACAGAAACCUAAACCCACCAAGAGACUUGUCGGAAGAUAACAAUUGUUGGGUCUUAGCGUUUGCGGGUGCGUUCUGUGCAGCAAUUCACUUGAUAGAGAUCUCAAGUCACGCUCAAUACUUGAAGGAGAUUGCAUAUAAGAUGAUAGAUUCAGUGAGAGAAAUUGUGGAAAGAGGAAUGGAACUUGAGCUAGUGAGGAGAGCUUUCAUAAAUAUGGAAAGCAUUGUGGAGAAACAAUAUGACUGUUACACUACUAAUGACUACAGAUUCGUUAAGGGUUUGGUUUGGAGACUCUAUGCAAUCAAAGGCAUGAGCAAGGAAACUAAGUCUGUGUUGUGGAGGAUCAAUGUGACUCUGGAAAAGGUGCAGGAGGUAAAAGAGCUCCCAAAGAGUGAGCUUGAUUGGCUGAACCAACCCGAGACUUUAGGAAAUUGAGUUUUUUCAUAGUUUGGUUUGUGUAAUUGUGUAGGAGAAGAAUCCUAUGUACAUAAUUCUCUUAUCUACUGUUUUACUCAUAGUGUUUCUUGUUGAGCAAGGCACUGUAUUAGGUGGAGUGAUAUCUACUG